AUGUCCUGCUACGACCUCUGCGCCCCAACCUCCUGCGGCCCCACGCCGCUGGCCAACAGCUGCAACGAGCCCUGUGUCCGGCAAUGCCAGGACUCCACCUACGUGAUCCAACCCUCGCCCGUGGUGGUCACCCUGCCCGGGCCCAUCCUCAGCUCCUUCCCCCAGAACACCGCCGUGGGAUCCUCGGCGUCCGCGGCCGUCGGGGAUGCUCUGAGCGCCGGGGGAGUGCCCAUCAACUCGGGCAGCUCCUCGGGGCUGGGCAGUUUGGGGUACUCGGGUCUGGGGGGGCUCUAUGGGAGGUCCUACCGGCGCUCCAACCGCUGCGGGCCCUGAGGGAGCCGCGGGAAGGGAUGAGCAGGAGAUGGAAACGCGAUGGGAUGCAGGAAAGCGCAAUCGGAUGCAGGAAAGCGAGAUCGGAUGCAGGACUGAGCCCGUGCCCACCCGCUUGCUGACCCCCGCAGCUUUGCCCUGAGCUCCCGGCGCUGCAGGAGCUUGGCUUUCCCCAUUUGAUGCCUUUCUGUGCAAUCAGGGAGGUGAAAAAUGUCACUCGAUUGUCGCUGGGUGUCCAGCUGUAAAGCACUGCCUGGAAAUGGGUGAUGAAUUUUAAUCCCUUAUUCAACCUUUCUGUAUUCAACCCUUCUGCUUUCUUUUGCUGUAUUUUUUUUUAAAUUCUACUUCUUGCUCAUUAAAUAGAUGGCG